AUGUUUGGCGCCUCUGCAAAACCGGCACUGAGCUCCUUCAGCUUUGGCUCUCUGCAGCCCUCCUCGGGCUUUGGUGCGUCCAACAACACAAACUCCGGAGGCCUUUUUGGUCAACAACAGAAACCUCAAGGUGGUGGCCUUUUCGGUUCAGGAACACAAAACUCCAACUCUGGAGGGCUCUUUGGCGGUCAGAGUAAUACUGCUAACACGGGCUCCUCGGGAUUUGGCUCCUCCAACACCAGCGCAGGUGGUCUUUUUGGACAGAGUAAUCAAAGCAACAACAACACAUCAUCAGGAGGUCUUUUUGGCCAGAAACCCGCUGCCAUUGGACAAGGAUUUGGCUCGGGAACCUCGAGUGGCGGCCUUUUUGGCCAGAAACCCGCUACUACCGGCACCACAGGAGGUGGACUUUUUGGUAGUUCUGGUCAGCAAGGACAACAAAAUCAACAGACACAGCAGAGUGGAGGGCUUUUUGGGUCCAGCAAUACCGCCAAUAACCAGAGUUCUGGCGGCUUGUUUGGCCUGAAGCCUGCUGCCCCCUCCGGCGGUCUUUUCGGAUCAAGCAACCAAUCCACCACCGCUCAAAAGCCACUUUUCGGUGGAUCUAAUACUUCUACAGGUGGCGGUCUCUUUGGUGGAUCUUCCAAUACCGGCACUAACCAGACUUCUGGAGGUGGUCUCUUCGGUGGCUCCAGCAACACAGGCGGUACCACAGGCGGCCUUUUCGGAGGUUCUUCUAAUGCAAACACAGGUGGUGGUCUUUUUGGCGGCCAGCAGCAACAACAACAGCAAAACCAGCAGCAGCAAACCCAGCAGGCCACGCAAUUAACCGCCAUGACUAGAUUCGGCGAUCUCCCGCCAGAAAUCAAAAAAGAGCUACAAGAGUUCGACCAGUACAUCAGCACCCAGCAUCUCAUAGCUACGACGCUUAAUAACGACCUCCCCAAACACAACCAGCUCGUCAAGUCGAUCGACUCGGACGUGAGCUACUUGCAUAACAAAAUCUCCACCAUCAAGCAAGCUUUGAAGGGCGACAGCAACCAGUUGAAGGCCUUAAAAGCGGUCAAUGACGAGCUUACAGAAGAUAUUGGCAACAUCAUGCAGCUAAUAAUCCAGCUCUCGACACCCGGCACGAAAUUGUCGUCAUCAUUCCAAUUGAACGAGUUCUUUGUCAAAAAGAUCAAACACUACAAGGAUGUCAUGACUAGCUACGAAAACGUGAUCAAGGAGGGAGAAGAUGCCAUCAGUGGGUUGCAGCACUCGUGCAAUGACACUAUGGGUAGCAUUUACGAUGUGGUGGAGGUGGUGAAGAGCCAGUAUAAUGUGUUUAUGGAGCUCUGUGAGACGCUUGCGCAAGUGCACAACGAAGUGACCCGCUUGAAGCGCUAG